AUGCAAUCAAAGUUAGAGGAAGAUCUGUGCUGUCCAGUCUGUCAGGACAUCUUUAAGAAUCCGGUCAUCCUGUCCUGCAGCCACAGCUUCUGUAAAGACUGUCUGCAGCGCUGGUGGAAGCAAAAGGAGAACUGGGAGUGUCCAGUUUGUAAGAGGAAGAGUUCAAAAGGAGGUUUGCCUCAAAACCUGGCUCUGAAAAACCUGUGUGAGUCUUUCCUCCAGGAGAGAGGUCAGAGGUCUUCAGAGGAUCUCUGCAGUCUGCACUCUGAGAAACUCAAACUCUUCUGUCUGGACCAUCAAGAGUCGGUGUGUCUCAUCUGCAGAGACUCAGAACUACACACCAACCACAGAUUCAGACCGGUCAAUGAAGCUGCUGGACGACACAAGAGGAGCCUUCAGGAAACUCUGGAGCCCUUAAAGGAGAAGUUAAAGGAUUUUAAACAAGCCAAAGUGGAGUUAGAUCAAACUGCAGAACAUAUUCAGGACCAGGCCCGACACACAGAGAGGCAGAUUAAGGAGCAGUUUAAGAAGCUUCACCAGUUUCUAGAAGAGGAAGAGGAGGCCAGGCUGUCUGCACUGAGGGAGGAAGAGGAGCAGAAGAGUCAGAGGAUGAAGGAGCAGAUGGAGGCUCUGGGCAGAGAGAUAGCAGCUCUUUCAGACUCAGUCAGAGCCACAGAGGACCAGCUGAGAGCUGGAGACGUCUCAUUCCUGAAAAACUACAAGGCUGCAGUGGAAAGAGUCCAGCAGCGCCCCCUGCUGAAGGAUCCACUGCUGCCCCCAGGAGCUCUGAUAGACCAGGCCAAACACCUGGGAAACCUGAGAUUCAACAUCUGGAACAAGAUGAAGGACAUGGUCUCCUACAGUCCUGUGAUUCUGGACCCAAACACCGCUGGACCUAAACUCACCCUGUCCGAAGAUCUGACCUGUGCGGUCAAAAGAGAGCCACAGGAAGUCCCUGAUAAUCCAGAGAGGUUUGAUUAUUUCUGGUCUGUCUUGGGCUCUGAGGGAUUUAUCUCAGGGACUCACAGCUGGGAGGCCCAAGUUGGAACCAGUACACGCUGGUCACUGGGAGUGUUAGAGGAGUCCGCCCAGAGAAAGGGAAGGCUGAGGUCUGGAUUAUGGAUUAUACAGUUCUAUAACGGUGAAUACACAGCUGUCUCUCCAUCAGCUCCAUCCACUCGUCUCUCAGUGAAGAAACAGCCAACGAGGAUCAGAGUGAGUCUGGACUGUAACAGGGGACAGCUGGUGUUCUCUGAUCCCGAUUCUGACAGAUGCAUACACACCUUACUGUGUACAGGUGAGAGGAUGUUUCCAUACAUGAACACCAGUGAUACACUGAAGAUUCUCCAUUAAAGGCCUCUGUGACUGUACCACUAUAACU